AUGGAGAAUUAUGUCUGCCCGAGGAAGACGUGGAAAGGGGAAAAAACAAAGCCAGUUAAUGAGGAGAUGAAAGAAACCAAAAAUAAACAGCUUGAUGAGAAUAACACCCAAUCAUCUGAAGAUGAAGAGAAAUCCACUCCUAAAUCCUCUCCGAAGAUACCUGUACCAUCCUCUCCUAAAUCCUCUCCGAAGAUACCUGUACCCAGAAAGGUAUACAAACUUAACGACAUUGGAAUUGAGGAGGAUUUACUAGAGUGGAUACAAACAGAAGAGAACGAUUUCCUAUGGAACACAAGAAGAACAGAUUACAGAUUACCAGACAAAAAAAGAGCACGCUUUCAGCAGAAAGAGAAAGCCUUGAAUUUAGAGGAGGGAUUUCUAUCGAAAUGGUUCGAGGGCCUUCGAGACCAGUAUACCAAACUACACAAGCGAAAAUCAGGAGACGGAUGUCCAAUGUUCACUGAACGACAGGAAUGGGUCCUGCGCAACCUUAAGUUUUUUUAA